AUGUUAGACCUAAUUGACCGCAAUCAGAGGAACAAAUUGAAGCUGGAUAACCUGUCUUUGCCUUCUCCGGAAAGACAUAGACCACUUCGACAUCAAUUCAGUUCCGACAACAUGCAUGUUCCGCCCUUUAACAUCCCCAAUUUGCGAAUCGAGCAGAGGAAGACCAGCAGCGCCGAAGACAUGGCCAGGAAGAACUCGGCAGCCAGCAUACAUCGAACAGGUUCCGGCAUGUUGGGCGGUUGGUGGUUUACUGGAGGUUCACCAUCGUCUCCUGAUAGCAAUUUUCUUCGAGUGGCCAACGCUUUUCCCAAUCGUCGUUUGAGUGACAAUACUCUGAUGACACCGAAAAUCAGGAUAGCACCUUCUUGCGCCUCUUCACCAGGAGGCACACCAGGAGGAGGUUUGCCAAUCAGGAGACACAGCAGUAUAGGACCUCAGGAAAGAAGAGGGUCUGCUGUUAAUCUUAGUCCACCUACGGUUCUGCAAGAGAUGUUAGACCUAAUUGACCGCAAUCAGAGGAACAAAUUGAAGCUGGAUAACCUGUCUUUGCCUUCUCCGGAAAGACAUAGACCACUUCGACAUCAAUUCAGUUCCGACAACAUGCAUGUUCCGCCCUUUAACAUCCCCAAUUUGCGAAUCGAGCAGAGGAAGACCAGCAGCGCCGAAGACAUGGCCAGGAAGAACUCGGCAGGUUCCGGCAUGUUGGGCGGUUGGUGGUUCACUGGAGGUUCUCCUUCGUCUCCUGAUAGCAAUUUUCUUCGAGUGGCCAACGCUUUUCCCAAUCGUCGUUUGAGUGACAACACCUUGAUGACACCAAAGAUCAGGAUAGCACCUUCUUGCGCCUCUUCUCCAGGAGGCACACCUGGAGGAGGUCUGCCGAUUAGGAGACACAGCAGUAUAGGACCUCAGGAAAGAAGGGGGUCUGCUGUUAAUCUUAGUCCACCUACGGGCGGCUCAAUGCCAAACACUUCGAGUUCUGUGCCGUUCCUGCUCUCCUCGUCAAUGCAAUCAAUUCGUUCCCGGCGCACCUCUGGCUGCAUGUCGACGGCGUCCAGUCAGCAGGGGAGCACAACCGGACUGCUGCAGCAGAUCGGUUCAGGCGUGUAUCAACUGUUCUCUGGGCGCACUUAG